GCUUAGUUGAGACGACGAUAUGAGAACGUUUGAGGCAUGUGUUUUGGUGUCACUGGAGUGUCUCGAAAGGUCCCAAGCUUCCGCAGUGGCAAUGCUUGAUUUUACAGAGGAAGGAUUGACAUUGUCGACCUGCUCGUCCUCCAUGGCCACAACUCAUCCGCCCCUGAUUUGCUUGCCAGGCUCUUUACAUCGUGACCACUCAGCACAGAUGCAGUAUUGUGAAGAACAUAACGAUUGCGAUGUCUCUGAUUUACUAUUUGAUACCCAGCGUGAGCCUGCGACUUUAAGGGCAUAAAUACUCGUCCUCGAAGAAUGUAUCAAAUUGACGCUGUAUUUAUCGUGUCGUUCGGACAGAAAACCUUCAAUAACAACAGCUUUUUAAAUAGGAAAUCGAAGAAGCGUGCAUACAAAGCGGACAGAAAGACUUGUUGAGUCACCAGCGGCGUAUCAUGCUAUCAGAAUGCGAACAGACACGGACGACAGUUGACCGAACCCAAAGACAAACGAAAAAAUGCGCCAUUUUGGUGAGCUAUGCGGUGAUUUCAUCCGCCGCUGCAUUCGGAUCUCCAAGGGAAUGUCACUAACCACACAGCAGAAGUAAUGUGGCAAAGCUCUGACAAUACGAUCCACCUCCGUCGGCGGAAUCAUAUCGGGUGACAAACGCCGGCACGGCAACAAAUGGCCUCGGAUACCAUUAACUGUGUGACGGUAUAUGCGCGUCCAACAUAGUGGUCUUACAUUAUUGGGUCCAUUUGGCUUGCACACAUGCUCCACCGCCUGAGGAUCGGGGGGAAAUCCACACGACGUCUUGAAGAACGUCAGAAUAUUCGGGUGGCGCGCGCGCGUGUAGGUGGAUGAAUAGCCUUUCACUGUUCGAAAUGCUUUUGGGAUAAAUUGUGGGAGAUGCAAAAAUUCCAGUCCCGCCCUUGGUCGAGGACAUUGCCUUCACCUGAUUAUCAAGACAGCUGGUUUGCUACAUAUGCUUCUGAUGAGUUGAUCUCGUAGUAUAUUGUGGCGACACGGAUUUUUGGAGGGUUUUUCCCAGUCUCGGAUGCCGCAGAAGUUUUGGUUUAUGCGAUGAAGUUCAUCUUCAUGUGGUGCUGUUGUUGUGAACUGAUUCUUUGACAACAUAAAGUUGAGGCGUCUCCGAUGAGCUGAGACGAUCCGCGGGCGCAACCAGAGGGGAGGAAUAACGACAGUUUCAAUGGAACGAAUGUACUUACCACUAGCAAACGCAAUGUUGAGGAUGCGAAAGGACUUCCAGCCGCAACAGACCAGAGAUUAGGCUAUAAUCCAUAAUUUUUGGAGGUUGCAAGAGUGAAAGCAGGGUCGAAUUUCUGUGUUAAGCCGAAUAUGAUCAGUCAUGGAACAAGACGGCGCGACUGAUGUGGUUGUUCGCAAUCGGAACUACAACAUCAAACCCGCGAGUGUGGUACUCGAUACACAGCCUGCAAGUGAAGAGAUUGCUUUUCCUGAGUUCGCGUUCCCAGUAAAUGAUGGGGGAGCCGCGUUGAAUGCAUGGAAAGCUGUAUCAACUGCAGGUCAAGGGCAAUCUGUUCAGACAAGCAAUGGUAAUUGCAAGUGGGGGUUUCUUCAGUCGGGAAAUGGGACUGGUGAUGAAUCACCAAAGAGGAUGCCUCUUGCGUUUCGUUCUAAACAUGUAGAGACGACUGUGGAAUCAAGUCCGAACUUCCCAGGCCUGGCCACUGAGCCUGCGACGAAACAAUGUUUGUCACCAUUGGCCACGUUCAAAGACUUGGAUCUGACGCAUGAGAAUGGAAAGGUGGAAAUCCUAGAGAAGUCUGGUGGUGACGUUCUCUCAACUCCGACCCGCAAGAGUUUGAGCGUCAUUUCUACGGCUGAAAAUGACGCGGUAGCUGCGCCUUCUACCCCAAAAGGUAGGGGCCUAAGCCUCAUCCCGAGGGUGGCCAGGUUGCAGAGUGAUGCGGAUAAAACACCAGACCGACUGAAGCCUGUCACACCGAAUCUUCAAGGAAAGGCGUCAGUUGGUACAAGGGGUAGCCUCACAAGCCCUAGAGGAGAGGAGCGUGGCCGCGCCCUUUCUCCUGCUCCAGAUCGGAGAAGCCUCACAAGCCCAAGACGCACUGUCCCUGACCGCUCCAGAUCGCCUGUGCCAUUUCGUAACCAGGAUCGUAGUAACUAUGGCGUCAGCCGCUCCCUAUCUCCAGUCCUCACGGGAACCAGAACUGUCACUCCUACAAGACGCCCGACUACACCGCGCUCUACAUCACCUGCGCCUCGUUCUCGAGAGGAUUCCAAUUCUUCAAGGGCACAAUGGAACGGGAAUACAAAAAAAUCCACCUCUAUGCCAAGCUCACCCAGGUACAUCACUCCCACGAGAGCAGCAUCGUUGAAAGCUGUGAACUCGCCUCCAUCUCCUAACGGCAGUGUGUCGAAAGAGUUGCAAUACCCCACUGCUUCUGGAAGCACGACGCCUCAAAGAGAUUUUGCGAAAAGAGGUGUGAAGGAGGCGCACUCGAAGACAGGUGAAGAGGGUCAGCCCACUCCAAAGAUCAAGAGCUCUCCUCCAACUCUUACACAGCCCACAGGUUUCAAGUUCAGCACAGAUGAAAGGUCAGAGAAACGGCGGGAUUUUUAUUCCAAGCUUGAGGAAAAGAUGAAACUGAAGGAGGAAGAGAGGAAACGGCUCGAAGCGAAAGCGCAGGAAGAAAAGGAGUCACAAUUGAGGGAGCUGAGGAAAACUUUGACCUACAAAGCUAAUCCCGUGCCAAAAUUUUAUCAGGAGCCUCCUCCCCCUCCAGUGAAGAUUAAGAAAGCACCUACUACGAGGGCGAAAUCCCCCAACUUCACUGCUCCUCGACGCAGGGAUAGCUGCUCAGGAAGUAUUGGUGGCGAGUCUCAUAGCCAUGGUGGGUCAAGCCCACUGCGUGGUCGCUUGGUGCGGAGUCCAUCUCUUGAAAGCAAUGUGAGCAGCCAAGCCAAGGUGGCUGCAAAGGUAAAGCAGCCAUUCAAACCAAUCUAGCCAGACCUCUCUCUUUCUCUUUUGUCAACGGAUUUACUUUAGUUUCAGGCCUUGGAUCCUUCAAGAAUGCUAGAUCGGACGUGUCAGAUUUUUCCUCCAGAGCUGAAAAUAUUGCAGUCUGCUCCGACUUCUUCUUUGCAGCUGCCUUCCAUCAAGGGGAGAAGUACUGUGUUCCAUCCAUUUGCUUUUACUUUUAUUUUUGUAAAGGUCGUUUUUGUAGCA